UUACUCGUCAAAUCAUCUUUUAUUCAUCAAGUUCGUGGGUGAGCUAGGAUGUGCGGUGUCUAAUUUGCUUGGAUUUCCCGUACCGAACCAAGCAAUCAGUCAUACUAUUAGUCACCGCACGAGGAUAAGGCCGAGUUGAUCGUGCCGGGUGUCCUGCUUGCCUAAGGCGUGGGGCGACUUGCCUAUAUUAGUCAAAUUGUGACAUGCUUGGUUUUGUUAGAUAUAUUUUCCGGAUCACUUAUAAUACAGGUUUGUUAUUUCACAUCUAGAUGUGAGAUAUUAUCUCACAUCUAGAUGUGAGAUAUUAUCUCACAUCUAACUCCCUCACCCUUGGGGACAUAACAAAUCCAUGGAAGAGUUUUUCAAAAAAAAAAACAAUCAAGGGUGAGAGUUAUCUCACAUCUAGAUGUGACAUAGACAAACCCCUUAUAAUAGUAUAUCUUGGAGGCGCUUGUCCAGUAAGAGUGUGCAGUCGUCUCCUUUCUCCGUCCCAAGCCAGAGUACUCAGGGUUGGGAAGGAGUGGCUCCUGGAUAGUUUAGUCUGAACUCUGACCUUCUGAAAUCCAUGGCUAAUUUUUAUUUUAUUUUUGAAAUAAGUCUAUAGCCAAAUUGGCAAAGUUCACUUCUUCAGGAGUAUAAUCCAGUAAGAGCCCAGUCUUUUUUUUUUUGAGGGAUUGUAAGAGCCCAGUCAGAAGUAGACUUUCAGACAUAUAUAGUUGUGGGCUAAUGUUUAUUUCUCCACCCUUACGGCCGAAUUGCACCACAUUGGCCCACAAUGGUGGGUGCUAUUAUUCAUCGCUUCAUGCAAUGGAUAGUCCGUAUAACGUGCUCGACCCAUGUGAGGGCCCGUCCCAUCGGCAGAAAAACCCGUGAGCUCCCAGCUACUUCUCCCUCUGUAGAAAACCGGCUAUUGAGUAACUUUUGGUUUUUAAAUUCGAAUUGUUUAUUUAUUAUUUCUAAAAAUGUUCCCAAAAUUUAUAAUUUUUUAUAAAUUAAAAAAUACUCACAAAUUUAAAAAAUGUUCAUGGAUUCAGAAACUCUCAUGAUCUUUUUAAAAGUUUAUUGAAUUCUGAAAUGCUCAUGUGUUUUCAAAAUCAUGGAUUUUUAAAAAUGCUUAUGAUAUUUCAGACGUUCAUGAAUUUAAGAAUGUUCAUGUAUUUGAAAAAGAAAAAAAAAGAAAGCAUAAGAAUGAAAAGCAGCAAACACAAGUAAAAAUAAAAAUGUAAGGAAACCAAUGUUAAUCAUAAAAAAAAAAGACAAUGACUUGAAAAACCACCAAGAACCGCCCGAGGCUCGUGCCGAAGUUGGAGCAGACCCAUCACGCUCGCCCCCAUGCGAUUUAGCGACAAUCUGUUGCAAUGAGUGGUGAAUUAGAAUUUCCUACAAUGGUGGAAUCCGGCCAACGUAGCCCGCUAUCCGGGUUUUGAACCGUAGCCCUUGGCCGUUGCCUUCCAAUGACUCUAAAUAGAAAUUAUUUUCCAUAAACUAGCCAAUCUGAACUGCAUAUCUAUCUGAAUGCAAUUUGUUCCCCCAAAAAAUCUGAAUAAAAUAUGUGAACUCCAUGUUCUAACUCGAAUUCUCCCUUCUAAACGCAAAUUCUAAAAAAUACGAAACCCACUGACUGAUCAUGCUAUGGAACUUUUUUUCUGUGGGAUACAGUAAGGAGUAACCUGCCAAGUGUGAAGUUGUAUCGAGAUUAGAAUCUACUCCCUCCAUCACUUAAUAUAAGAUGCCCGGUUCAAAAAAAAUCACUUAAUAUAAGAGUGUUUUCUGUUUAAAAAAACGCUCUUAUACGAAUGGAGUAGCCAGAUAGAAGACAAGAGCACGAAGAUGCCGGAACCAAAAUGACCAGGCUAAGCAUCUUGGUUUCAGUCACAUCACGGGGCCAUGCUGGCCUUUGUCAUGGCUUACCCCGUCAAAGGAGGACCCUGAAAUUUUGCAAGUCAUGGCUUACCGGUCAAUGGGAUCACUCGGCGUAUCUGUGAACGACCAGUUUUCUAUUCAAAUUUGAACCACUCGCUCUGCCGUCCGUCCGUCCCCAUAUAUCAUUCCUGCUUAGAGCCUUAGACCACCGUAUUGUCUCAUACCUGUAGCCAAUCCCCUUUUGCUGUUUGACUGCAAUCUUUCCAAGCCUUCUGCUCAUAUGGCUCCUGGCUGCUGGUUCUUCCGGGCCCUGUGGCUACCACUGAUGCUCGCGGUGGCCGCGGCCGAGCAACAAGUGGAAGCCUGCUCGGCCAAGAAGUGCGGCAACACCACCAUCUCUCACCCAUUCUGGCUCCCCGACUGGGACACGGGGAGAACAUGUGGUUACCAUAGAUUAAAAUAGCCCGCGAAAUAGCCGCGAUAGCUGCGCUAUAGCUGCCCGGGAGCCUCGCCGCUACGCUAUGGCUGCUGCCGCGAAAUCCUCCACAUAUCCCUAUAAAUGGCUCAACAAUAAACAAAUCCCUCCAGAAUCAUUUCCGCUAUUUACCGCGAUUGCCCGCUAUGGCGGCCGCUAUAGCUGCUGGGAGAGGCCGCCGCGAAAUCGUUUCUCCCGCGAUUUUAAUCUAUGGUGGUUACCCGGAAUUCGAGGUCAGCUGCCUUGAGAACCGUACUACUCCAGUGAUACUGAACUCUGCAGCCAUCAGCUUGGGCUUUGCGAUCCUCAACAUCUCCUACGAGGAGCGCAGCUUGCACGUCGUCGAUCUGGGCAAGAGCUACUUGUUACAGCACGCCCCCAACAGCUGCCAAGUGCCCAUCUGGAACACCUCCGCCAAGCUGAGCGCCCAGUUCAGAAUCAACCCUGGCAACCUGGAACUCAUCUUUUACAGUUGCCCCGAGGCGGCCGGAGCAGCGGCUCUGGCAGAGGACGGGGAGCUGGUGCGGACGGGGAUGGGGUGCGGGAACAAGAGCAAGGUGUUCGUCCGCGCCGGAGGGCGUUACAACGAUACGGGCGGCUACGAGGGCUGUGACGCGGCCGUCACGCCGGUGCUGGGGACGUGGUCAGGCGAGGUGAACGCGAGCGACUACGAGCGUCUCAUUAGCGAUGGCUUCCUCUUGACAUGGGAGAGCGCCCCUACAUGUAAGUUCACCCGUCAAAUCAAAUCAUCUUUUCAUCAACGGUCCUGGCUAACUAGAAUCAAUCAUGGCACUCACUUAUUGAGGAUAAGGCCGUAGACCCGAAGUCGUCCCUAGUCGUGGCCGAUCAACGUUAGCCGCGGCCGGCCCGGCCAGCGCGACACCUGCACCCUCCGGCUCGCAGAGGACGUGCGCCCACUUGAUCAUAGCUUGUAGUGAAUACAAAUUUCCUGCAAUGGUGGAGCCUGGUUAGAAGUCCGGGUUUUGAACCUUAGCCCUUUGCCCUAGUCUUCCAAUGCGUCCGAAUAAGUAUGUGAACUCCAAAGUUUAAAAUAUUAUAAAUAUUUUGAAAAACAUUUCACAAUCUAAACUCUGUGCCUAUCCCAAUAAAAUUAGUUCCCUAGAAAUAAUCCGAAUAAAACGUGUGAACUCUAGGUUUGAACUGGAAUUCUCCCUUGCAAGAAAAACAUUUACGCAAUUUCUAAAAGUUCAACUCAGUGACUGAUCAUGCUAUAUAGAACCUUCUUUUUUAUGGGAUGGAGUAACCGGUAACCUGUCAAGUGUGAAGGUUGUAGCAAACUUAAAGUCUAGCUAGAUACUCCCUCCGUCUCAUAAUGUAAGACCCUUUUUGACACUAUAUUAAUAUUAAAAAACGUCUUAUAUUA